CACGCAUGCGCAUACGGUUUUACUACUCCCAGACGGAAAGUGAGACAGUAACAGCGAGUGGAGUGCAUGUCAGUGGCGCAUUGUUUAAUGAGUAACAACUGUAACGCCGAUAUCAUACACGCUUUACAACUUAGACAAUUUGUCCAAUCUCUCUUCGGCCUAAUUCAAGAUGUUUGGCUUUCAUAAGCCGAAAAUGUACAGAAGCCUGGAUGGCUGCUGUAUCUGCAGGGCCAAAUCCUCCAGCUCGCGCUUCACUGACAGCAAGCGUUACGAGAAGGACUUUCAGAGCUGCUUUGGCCUGUGUGAGACUCGCUCUGGAGAAAUCUGCAACGCUUGUGUUCUCCUUGUGAAACGUUGGAAGAAAUUGCCAGCAGGUUCCAAGAAGAACUGGAAUCAUGUGGUGGAUGCACGAGGCGGGCCGAGCCUGAAGACCACAGUCAAGUCCAAGAAGGUGAAGUCCAUCUCUAGGAGAGCCCGGCCAAGCCAGAUCAGACGGGUCCAGAAAGAGCUGAAGAGACACAACUCCGAUGCUCACAGCACCACCUCCAGUGCAAGCCCAGCCCAGUCACCAAGUUACAGCAACCAAUCAGAUGAAGGCUCUGACACCGAGCUGGCACCUGGUUCCUCCCGCUCUCCAGUAUUCUCCUUCCUGGAUCUCACCUAUUGGAAAAGGCAAAAGGUUUGCUGUGGCAUCAUCUACAAAGGCCGCUUUGGCGAGGUCUUGAUUGACCCCCAUCUCUACAAACCCUGCUGCCAGAAGAAACAAGAGCAAGAGCAAGAAGAGGAGGAGGAGGAGGAAGAGGAAGAAGAGGAGGAGGAAGCUCAGACCAGCCAGCAGAGCAGGACGAGUCCAGCUCCCCAGACCUUCCCUUCCCCUCCACCAGUCAAAGAGGAAGAGGAGGAGGGAGAUGAUGAGGAAGAGGAGUGGUAAGACCACUCACAGGGACACACACACACACACACACACAGGGAACUGAAGCAGCAUUCGAAGGAGGCCUUGGAGAGCUCAGGAUUUCAUGUCCUCUGGCCCUCUGUAGAAGUCCUGUCAGAUUGCCUUCAAUUCAAGAGCAGCUGGAACCUUUUUUGUUUUGUUUGUUUUUCUUGUAUAGUGUGAGUUUUAUUUCUGUGUUCAUUUCAGAGGAGGAGGUUAUUCUUUGUUGUUUAACUUAUGGACUAUUAAGAAGUUUGUGUUUUUACCCCUCCUCUGUCUUUCACUCUGUUUCCAUUGGUUACUCAGAUAUUUAGAUCCUUGGUUUUUUUUAAAAAAUGUUUUUUUUUUUUUUUGUUGUUUUUUUUACAUUUAUUUGUCCACAUGAAAUGCUGGAUCUACACAAAAUGCAGACGAGGAGAAAAAAAAAACUAAACUCUACCUUUGACUUCCAGGAUAGAGCCAUAGCCUAGAAAAAACAGCCUUCAACCCACGGUUUGCCUUUUCCAUAUAUUUGUAAAAAUACACUCAUGUACACCUUUUCUAAACACAUUUACCAAGAUGCGUACACACACACACACACACACACACACACUAUCCCUCUCUCUCUUACAUACCCACACAUACAUAUAACAUGCACACAUACACAGCCUGACCAUAAAGGCUAGAAAAUGAUAAACCAGCCUUGAAAUGUACCAAUAGUAGUGUGAUGAUUAACAUUUUUUGGCAAACACUACAUUAUUGGUGUUAUUGUUGCACGAAUCAAUGGAAUAGUAACUAUUUUGGUAAGAAAAAAGAUGAUGCAAAUCAAACCAAACAAGCAAACAGAAAAGGGUAUUUGGAAGCGGUUGGGAACUGGCAAGCGUUGACAGAAUUCUAGGUUUGGGUAGUACCAUGAAGUGCUGAUUCAAUAGCAGAUAUUGUUCCGCAAAA